AAUCAAACGAAGAAGAAGAAGAAGAAGAAGAAGAAGGUAGCAGGUAGCAGGUAGCAGGUAGCAGGUGCCUGCUUGUUAUCUGCUCUCGGACGAAAUUACAGCCAGGAUGGCACAGUGGGGUGCCAUAUUCUCCAUAAUUGCUGCUCUCGGAGGAGCAGCGCUCUUAGCCUCAGUACACAAGAUCGACGAGGGACACACUGGAGUUUACUACAGGGGAGGGGCUCUCCUGACGACCACCAGCAGCCCCGGUUUCCAUCUUAUGCUUCCAUUCAUCACCACCUACAAGUCUGUUCAGACGACGCUGCAGACUGAUGAGGUUAAGAAUGUACCAUGCGGCACAAGCGGAGGAGUGAUGAUUUACUUUGAUCGCAUAGAAGUGGUGAAUUACCUUGUGCCAUCAGCAGUGUACGACAUAGUGAGGAACUUCACAGCAGACUACGACAAAGCUUUGAUAUUCAACAAGGUUCACCAUGAACUCAACCAGUUCUGCAGUGUCCACUCGCUGCAGGAGGUUUACAUCGGAUUGUUUGACCAAAUCGAUGAAAACCUGAAGUUGACAUUACAAGAAGAUCUGACAUCCAUGGCACCCGGACUUAUCAUACAGGCAGUGCGUGUCACUAAACCCAAUAUCCCAGAGAGCAUUCGCAGGAACUACGAGCUCAUGGAGAGCGAGAAGACAAAGCUGCUGAUCUCUCAACAGACACAAAAGGUUGUGGAGAAGGAGGCAGAGACAGAAAGGAUCAAAGCUGUGAUAGAGGCUGAGAAAGUGGCACAAGUGGCUGAGAUCAAGUAUGGACAGAAAGUCAUGGAGAAGGAAACGGAGAAAAAGAUCUCUCAAAUUGAAGACGGUGCUUUCCUGGCCCGGGAGAGAGCCAGGGCAGAUGCAGAGUUCUAUACAGCACAGCGAGCUGCAGAGGCCAAUAAGCUGAAGUUAACACCAGAGUACCUGCAGCUAAUGAAGUACAAGGCCAUUGCAGCCAACAGCAAAAUCUACUUUGGGAACGACAUACCGCAAAUGUUUGUGGACUCUGGCUCCGCAGGGAGCUCUAUUAAGGCCUCUGCAGCCAUGGACAUUGUUGGUGAGCAGUUCUUUGACCUGGAUUAGCAAGGAAAGUAGUGGAACCCACAGGAACACCCAGGGGUGGCAGGACUAUCUGCUGGAGGGCAGGAGCCUGGUCCACAGACUGCCUGGCAGGUUCUCCCUCUGGCCCAGAGAAGCUCUGCUGACCAGGGCCCGUAUUUCUCAAGCAUCCCUGAGUCACUGCUAGACAUCACAUUGAAAGUUUGACUGUAAAAUUCUCCUACCUCACAGCAGAGGACUUGCACUACUUAUGGGGAGAGAUUGUCUAGACUUGGUAAAUUAGUAAGAAGAAACACUAGGUAGAAAUAGAAUCCCCUGUAGGUGUGUAAUAAGCUGCUUUAACGGUGAAUUAACAGUCAAUUAGCCAAAACACUUAUUUAAGGAAUUAUCCCUGCUGCUGUGCAUCAAGUGCAUCCAUUUCACCACAACACCAAGGAUCACAAAGCCAUUACUACUUAUGUAUUCAUACUGUCCAUUUGCGUGCAUGUGUCCUCAUCGAGCAUUUGAAGCAGUGAUAUUUGCUACCUGUUGAUACUGAAGAAGAAAAGAAAAAAAGUUCUCGAAUCGUUGCUAAUCGGAAUGGGCCUUUUUUUAACCUCACUAAGUAAGUAAGUGAUAAGGAUCAAUCAAUUAGCUGUUAACUAUUAAAUGAAUUGCCAACUACUUUAAUAAUUUGAGUAAGAUGGCCGAAUGUCCACAUUUUCUGAUUUCAGCUUCUCAAAUGUGAAUAUUCCCUGGUUUCUUUAGUCCUCUGUGACAGUACACUGAAUAGCUUUAGGUUGUGGACAAAACUAGACAUUUGAGGACGUCCCCUUUGGGCUUCCACCUCAAUGAUAGACAUUUUUCACAAUUUUCUGACAUUUUAUAGUCCAAACAACUAAUCGAUUAAUUGAAAAAUGAUUGACAGAUGAAUUAAUAAUGAAAAUAAUACUGCGGUUUAAAUGUAGAUUAUCACUCUGCAGCUUAAUGAACACCAUUUCUGUUCAGUGGGGUGGUGUUAGCAAACCGUCAGUUGUUAUGAAUGGAGCAGUCCCAGGAAAAACAAAAGGAAUUCAUCAAAAUACCUUUUAAUCCAGUGAAUCUCUUUCGUGUUAUGUCAUGUUAUUUUCAGCAACAUUUUCUACGUUCCCACGAGUCCCAGUACAGGAAAGCUCUGCCUAGAGAACGUAGGAUAACUUUACAAGAUUAAGAAAGUUCCUAAUGUUGACACUCCUCUGCUGAAAAGAAGGACCAAAUAAGUGUCACUGUGAGGAUAGUAGGCGGUGGUUUCUCACUCUGAGCUGCUUGAAAAAUACAGACUCUUAAUAAACAUGUCAUUGCAGACAAAACAAAGGGAUGAUGAAUGUACUGUGUGGUAGCUACUGGCCGUCAGAUGUAAUAUCAUCGCUCCACUUAUUUGAGUUUAUGUUUUUGUAAAAAAAAUUUUGAGCACCUGUUAAUUAUAAAUUGAGCGUGUGAAAUUGUACCACAUUUUGCUGUGUUUGUAGGCACUAUGUUUUUCACACUGUACAUUUAGCAGAGAGACUAUCUGUGCAGCGGUUAGUCUCUGUUGUGCAUUAGGAGUUUUAUUCAAACUUAGAUUAUGUUGCGUUAUGCCAUGAAAAACAGCUUUUGGACUCUUUCAUCACCAGACUACAGACCUAUGACAUCAUCAGGUUUCCAAAAUGGACAAUUUUAAGUUAUUUUAAAAAAUAAUUUAAUGUAACUAUGUCAUGUAAGAAUCUUCAGGAAGUGGGGUAUGCACAUCAGUGAAUUGCCUCUGAACCUUUGGCAGCAUGAGCUGUUGCCCUGGAGGAGGCAGCGUUCAUAGGACCUGUAUACUGCAGGUAUAAACAGGUGGAUACUGAGGACUCACUGUAGAAAUAUUACCAACAUGUCAGUCUGUAUAAGUCAGUCAUUCAUUUGGGAAACCAAACCUCUUUAUAGAAAUUUUGACUUGAUCAGGACCAAAAACUAACUCCAAUGUGGUAACAUUUGUCUGGCUGUUUUUGUUUACCAGUACUUUGCAACAGAUGAAUGCAGUGUUGAAUAGCACAGAAUACGUGACAAAAUUAUUUGCUUUCCAAAGAAGCAUUUUGUUACGUAGCUGAGGAGGAAUUAGGUAUGCAGGCGUGUGUGGGCAUUGUUAUGGGGAAUUUGGCAUUGUUUUUACUAGUGAUUUAGCCGAUAAGGUGCCCCAGGGGGAAAGUAUUUCUUUAAUCUAAAGUUAAAUGACUCGUGUCCUGAAUUAUCUUUGACAAAAUACAACUUCCACUCAUUAUUUCUUGUACAGUGGUUAUAUCCUGUGUAAAUGGCACCGCUCUCUGUUGUCUAAAGUUUGUCGAGUUGGCCCUCAGUGACCUCCAGUUGGCAUUUUAAUAAGAUUUUCUCUGAUUGAGACUUGCAAUGACUUGAAAGGCAAAUGUUUUUGCACUAAUUUCAGUUGUGAAUGUGCAAUCAAGAUAUUGUCGUUGGACAAUAAAGUACUGUGGGUUGUUCUUGGAGAAAUCAAUGGAAUUCUAAUGAUUUAUUUUGUAUUACAUUGCAAGUCCAAUGUGAUGUAUAGGAUGUUUGUUAUUAAUAAAAGUGUUUCAAACACAAUAAAACAUAGUAU